UCUUAGCCUCUCAAUUUGCUUUGUCACAUGAACAUCAACACACUUUGAAUGGAUUCAUCCUGAGGAUAUACCACAGAAGAGCAGAAGAAACAAGCACACAUACAGAAGGAUGAGACGGUCAUAAAGGAGACUUGUACAACAGAAGCGGCUUUAACAAUAAGGCUGAACCAAUGGAGAACGAUAACACCUCAUCUACUGGGUUCGAGCCUCUCUUCAUUAAAGAAGAGGAUGUUGAUCCGGACAGAACCCUCAUGGAACAAAGAGAGCGCAACACCGCACAGUCUGGACUCACCUUCACAGCAACGCAGCUGAAUCAAUCCGCUUUAAUGAGGCCAUACUUACAGGAGAUGGAUGAGCUGCUGAAAAGCUGUGAGGAGCUCACUGGCAUCCACUUUGGCUCUCACUUCUCAGAAAAAUACAAUGAAACAAGUGUGACUGAAUCAACUCAGAGCAACAGUCAACAGGAAGACACAAUGGAGAGCAAUGAAGAAAAUGUUUCUUCUGAAACAUAUCUUACCACAAGCUACAUUGACACACACAUUGACGGGGCUGGAGCAGAAGACCAGUCGGCACAAGGCCGGUCUCAAGGCGUGGGCACCAUCAUUAACAGGUGUGGAGUGACUACAGAAGCUUCUUGCCAAAAAGACAUGCCUCUGACUUCAGCGGGAAACAAACUGAGUGAAAGCAUGGUGCAGUACGAGGGUCAGCUGUUAGGGAUGUUGGCCAUGCUGGAGAGCUGUAUGGAAGAGUCUGGGAUGGACUUUGAGCCUCAAGGCUGGCCUACAGAUGCAAGUCAGGAGUAUGUACACAUCAGUAAGAAUCCUCAUCUUUCCCGGGGUACAACACUGGUGCCCAUUCAGCAAGGGAGGCCAAUAAAGCUGGAGACCCAGCCGAUGCAGUUAGACUCAUGGGCUGAUCAACAUGGAGCAGGAGAUCAAGUCUCCCAAGAAAGCAGGAAUGAGGAGACAGCGGUUGGCUUCUCAAUGGAAACACUGGAAUGGCAAGACCAGGAGGUUUCCAGUCCUCAGCUCACGUUUUCCGGGCCAUCAGUGCCAUUAGAUAUUAACAAAAAUGAUCCAAUGUACUGUGAGAUGACAAAAACAGAGUGUUUAUCUACUAAUGAAAGCACAUAUGUGAAAGAAGACAUAACCGCGAUUGAAGUGGACACUGAAUUGCCAGCUGAAGAGAUACAGGAGCUCAAAAUGGACAACAUUGAUCUGGGAUCUGGCAUGAACGAACUACUCGCACUAGGGUGUCAGAUGGAGGAGUGCAUAGCGGAGGUACAGCUGUUACAGAUGAGGAGGAAGGAACUUCUGACGGAGGUGCUGGAGCUGAGAGGGAAUAAAAACAGAGAGGAGGCAGAGGAGACCAGUGAAGAGGAAGAGGAGACAGAGGUGCAAAUUGACAGCAAAGUGGCAGAGCUGAUGAGGGCACUGAAGAGGGAGGAGGAGGAGAGAAGACACGAGAGGAAGAAAGAGAUCCAAAGUCUCAGGGAGGAGAGAGCAGAGGAGGAGAGGAUGUUGUGGAAGGUGAACCUGGAGAGACAGGGGCUGUAUGAGGAGCUAAGAAAGCUGAAGAGGAGGCUUUUCGGGAUGGCCAGGGAAUGUGCUCACAACCAGGCCGCUCUCAACACCCAGCACCGAGAGGUGGAGCUGCUGAAGAGGGAAGAGGAGAAGCUGCAGUCGCUGGUGCUGCAUCUGACAGAAGAGGGCUCCCAGCUCAGAGCAGCUCAAAGACAACAGCUCUCAGAUCUACAGGCAGAGCUUCAGGCACAGAGCUGCAGUCAGAAGCCCAACACCCAGGACGAGCUGAGCCAGUGCAGGAGGCACUCCUGUGGGGACAUCCAGCAGUAUCUGCAGGGGGGACUGAAAGCACUGGAGGACAGGUAUGAGCCCAUGUUGCUCACACUGCUGAAGAGAAGGGAGGCCACAGCCGGAGCACUGGUGAAAGCCAAAGAGCAGGCCCAGGAGCUGAGGGCCCAGCUGAGGCCCCUAAAGGAAGAACUCCAAAAGCUGAAUCUCCAGAGGGCCUGUUUGGAGGAGAAACUCAAACUGAUUCACAUGCAGAGGAGAGAGGAUAUAGCGCAGUAUAAGGAGACAGUGUACUUUCUGGAAGACAACAGCAGAGAGUUGAAGACAGAAUUAAAGAUUCAGAAGAGAAAAACCAAAGAGAUGGAGGAGCUCAGAGACGGCCUCACCAAACAGCUACUCCUCUUCAGGGCUGCCAUUAAGGACCAUAACAAGUGUGACGAUGAGGAGAAAACAUGAUUGUUUGUUCUUGAUUUGGAGUUCUGUGAUUAAAUAGCAAACUGACAAUCUGUAACACAGUGAACUCCAAGAUUCAGUGAAUGCACUUUAUACACAUGCUGUUAGUAAACAAAAAAUAAAUUUUAAGUUUUUUUUUUUUUUAGAAAUCUUGUGAAGAUGAACUACUCUGCAGCUUGUAGAAAGGUUUUUACUAUGAAUAAAGGCUUUGUGUUCGUUGUAAUCCAAGUGCGACUGAUGUGUUAAUGUCUGUGCAUGACGAGUGGAGAGAGGUUCAUGGACUUAUAUGGGCAACAUGUCUGAGGCACUAAACACUGGGACACAAGAGUAAUAGAGUGAGAGUAAGUUCUGCAGACAGGAAAAGCACAAUGGCGUCACGCCAGACAGAAAAAAAGGUCUGAGUGUCAUGAGACAUUAUUGACUCUUUCACUAAAAGGCUCAUUUAGGGUUGUUUAAAAAUACUUUCAAGCUUAGCAAGGCACUGAUCCUAUUCAUAGAAUAUGUUACACCUUCAUAUAGAGAAAUGUUGACCACAUAAGCCCAAAGACCAAUGAAACACAUUUUAUUAAGAAUGGACUCACUGUACAGUUACAAAAUAUUGAACAUAGAAAAAGUCCAACCACUAAUCUAUAUCACGACAACAUUUAAAGGAGUAAUGUAUGACAAAGGUGAAGGGGAUGUGGACCACAAAUGGAAACUUCAAAAUGUAAAUUUUUAAAAUGGUCAUUUCAUUCAGACGCAGCUGGUGUGAAAAUCAGAGUCCAAAACACUUAGGUAAUGAUCACACUGUAGCAGGGAAACAUGAGGCAUUUUUAGGACCGAACAACCUCUA